AAAACAUAAGAACAAAUAUAUUUUUCUUUACCCCAUUCGUAAAUAAUUUUACAAUGAAAAAAAAUAAGUGAAGGCUGGAUAGGGUGCUGUGGCAGGUACUUCAAAAAUAGUUAAGCUACCCCUGAAAAGUGACGUUUUUGGUGGGCUGCAAUAGAUGGCGCUACUUCCGCACGCCCGAGGAAUUACUACAUCUUCUUCUUCUUCUUCUUCUUUUGACCUGUAACGCUUUGUAUCGCUUCUUAGGUCCUCCUCCUCUCGUUCCUCCCUUCUUAUUCACACAACUUUCUUUUCAGCGUUAUGUAAUUUUCUAAUCUGAAAUAAAGCCACUUAUAUUUAUACGGACAUUUGUGCCCUUUUUUCCCAGCACUGCGCGAGGAACACUUUUGCCAACUUUACCAUUCUUCUUUCCGUUUCCUUUUUGUCUCCAUACAGCCCCAACACCGUGCAGAUCGCCCCGUUUUCCUCCUCUAGUCUCCUAGCCCACUCCUCUCCGCCUAUUACCAUCACUACUCCUGCCACCAACUCCCCUCUCUGCCGCUCAUAGUUGCUGCAUUCCACUAUUAGGUGUUCUACUGUUUCCAUCUGCCCUGUCCUACAGCUACAGUCCUGGUUUCCCCCGUCCCUGUUCCUGCCGUUUACCUCCAGGGUUCCUGUUCUUGCUUUAAACAAUAGUUUGCUUCCCCAGUCUCCUACAUGCCAGUGUACUCCCUCUGGUUUCUGUUUCCUGCUGUACCAUUUUAGCGUUGACUUGCCACUCAUUCCUUCCUGCCAUUUGACUUGUCCGUUCCUUUCUACUGCCUUCUUCACAUCCCUGAUCUCCAUUUCAUUCCACUCUUCCCUCAGGUGUUCUCUCCUUUUCCACCUCUCUAACUCUUUCCCCCAGGUGGACUUGUUUCCACUUUCUUGCAGACAUGGAAGCUACAGUAGACGUGGAUGUCUUCGAAACUGCUGAGAUUGUGAUAGGAGAGAAGUGUGUGACUUUCAGAACAAAUGUCAAGAGUAAAGAAGACUUUCAGCGUUGGAAAGAUUUGUUUUGUAUGCAGAAUCGCGUGUGCUUCAACAAGUACAAGGCGUAUUCUGUGGGCCAGAGAAAAUUGUUCCGCCAGACGCUGAAAUGUCACCACGGAAUUCAACACAAAGGCGUCAAGAAGACAUAUACUGGUUGCAAGGUGCUUAUGGAUGUUCAGAUCAAGAUUGUGCAUUCAAGAUCAUCUGAACAGAUAAGGGAUUUUCCAUGUUUCAUGAUGAUCAGGGGGAAUCACAACCAUCCCCUUGACACGGCUGAGGUUUUGAAUGAACUGAGAGUUUCUGCAUGCACCAGAGAGAUGUUCAACAAUUACUUCAGCCAAGAAUUCUUAUACGGUCUGGUGAAGCUUAUGCGUCUUCUUCCUCGACCAAUGCAAAGUGCAUAAAAUGUAAUGCAAGGUUAAGAAAAAAACAAAUAUGGUAUGACACCAGGUCAAGCAUACAGGCACCAUUUGUUAAAGAUGGACUUAACAGAAGACUUAUACGAUCAAGCCAAUAAGUCUAUAAACCCUUCUCCAAAGUCUAUUGAAUAUAUGUGGACAGCAUGGAGGCAGAGUGAGCAUGGAGGACUAAAUACCCCAUCAAUGUUUGAUGCAAUAAAGAAAUAUGCAGAUCAUCCAGAACUCAUUCUGGAAAGUAGAUAUGCAAAUGAUAAGUUUUCUGUAGUUUUGGUUACCCCCUUCAUGAUGAGAGCACACAGGCAGCUGAAAGAAGCAGGGGAAGUGGUGUUUGUCGAUGCAACGAGCUGUGUUGAUCAGCUAAACACAGCAGUUAUACCAUUCCUUUGUGCUGGACCAGCGGGGGCUGUGCCAUUGGCUGUUGUUUUCACCUCCUCUCAAGAUGAGGCAACAUUAACUGAAGGGUUUGGUAUGGUAAAGGAAGUUCUUGGGGCCGGCGCCUUCUAUGAAAAGGGAGAGCCACAAUCCUUUAUGACAGACAACUGUGAUGCAGAAAGGAAGGCGUUAGCAGUCACUUGGCCUACUUCCCAGCUAUCCCUUUGUAUAUUUCACAUACUGCAGCAAGUAUGGCGCUGGCUCCUUGAUUCCAAGCACGGCAUCAAUAAAAAUGAUCGCCAAGAACUAAUGGCUGCAGUAAAAGCUCUUGUUUAUGCAGGUUCAAGAGAGGCUUUUGAUGAAUUGCUGGAGAAGAGUCUAAACAAUCCUUUUGCUGAGAAAUACCCCACUUUCAUAUGCUACCUCACCACCCUAGUCCAAAGGCGAGAGGAGUGGGCGAUUGCCUUCAGAGCUGGUGCAGUGUUGAGAAGUCAUCACACUAACAAUUACUGUGAGGCAACGAUGUGCAUCAUAAAGGAUAAUGUUCUUAAUAGAUGCAAGGCCUACAACACUGCUCAGCUGGUAAUGUUUAUGGCAGAGAUCUUUGACUGCUACAUGAGGCAGCGUAUAGUGGAUGUGGCACUGAGUCGACGACGAAUCAAGAGAGUGAUCAUGGACACACUUCCUUUGGAAACUGUAAAACCCUUAGGUGGUGGGAUAUACCAGGUGCAAAGUGAGAGUGACCCAGAACAAAUGUAUGAGGUAGACCUCAAUAUUGGUAUAUGUACAUGCAUCAGAGGAAACAAUGGUGCGAUUUGCAAGCAUCAGAUUGUGUGUGCUAACCAUGGAAUGACUGUGGUUCCCCAGAUGCUUGUGCUCAACAGUAGUAGCCGUCAUCGAUUGGCAGUUUUAGCCCUUGGUGACGAGAAAGCCCCCGCAGAGGGGUUUUUCAAGUCUUUGAAAGAAGAACAAAGCAGAGAAACAACUGAAGAAAAUUGUGAAGCUGAUAUUGAAGGAAAUUCCUCCAAUGAGAAUUGUACAGACCCACAGAUGGAAACAGAAACUCCUGAUGUGAUGUCAGCAAGCAGCAUUACUGAUGAAGAACAUGCUGAAAUUGAGGACAUUAUUGCACAGGCACGUGAGGCUGCAGAAGCACUUGUGAAAACAUGUGCCAAAUAUGGUAAUGCAGACACCCUCUUGGGUAUUAAAAAAUUCACAGACCGGUUAAGGUUCAUAAAAUCAGCGAAUCAACUGAACAGUCUCUUGAACAUUAUGGGAUCAUCCAUGAAAAAAGGAGCUGGUCGUGGGAAGAUACCUUGCCAACCAACUUCAAUAGCAAGGAGACCCCCAGGUAUGCCCAGAGGACCUGCUACCCUUGGUAAAGGACGUCGACCUUCAACGACUCUCACAUCAAGGCCCAAACGUCCUCAUAACCUGGCCCAUAAUGUUAAGAACAAUGUGGCCAAUGCCAAAUCUCAUGGUACUGGUCACUGAUCACAAGAAAGAAAAAUUGAUCACAAGACCUUGACAUUGAUCACAUGCAAGAAACUUAGUACAGUUGUGUGUGUGUGUGUGUUCUUACCUAAUUGUAUUUUCACAGGAUUGAGUCAAGCUCGUUUUGUUCCGUAUUUAGACAUCAUUUCAUCAUACUUUUCUUUAAAACCAUGAAUACUUUUGACACACACUACUUCUGGCAGCGCGUUCCAUUUAUCUAUCGCUCUAUCAGGAAAACUGUAUUUCUUAACAUCUUUCUUUAGCCUUUUCUUGUAUAGCUUUUUGCUGUGUCCUCUUAAGGAUGAUUGACUAGGUAUUACGUAUUCUUUUACAUCUAUUUUCUCCAUUCCCUCUACACAUUUAUAUAGCAUGAUCAUAUCCCCUCUUUCCCUUCUUUCUGUGAGGGUAGGCAGUUGUAACUUCUUGAGUGUGUGUGUGUGUGUGUGUGUGUGUGUGUGUGUGUGUGUGUGUGUGUGUGUGUGUGUGUGUUUACCUAGUUGUUUACCUAGUUGUGAAAUACGGGAAAAGAGCCACACUAGGCUCGUGCUGUCCCGUCUCCAUAACGCUUCUUGUCCAAAUUGGCCUUAAAUUCAUGAAUCGUGUUUGCACACACCGUCUCCUCAUCAAGCCCAUUCCAUGCUGAUAUGCUUCUGUAUGGAAAACUGUAUUUCUUUAUGUCCCUUCUGCAGACGCUCUUCUUCAGUUUCUUACUGUUCCCUCUUGUCUCCAUCCCAUCACGCACCACCAGAUCCUCUCUGUCUAUUUUCUCCAAUCCCUCCUGCAUCCUGUAUAAUGCUAUCAGAUCCCCUCGCUCUCUUCUUUUUUCCAGUGUUAUUAGUCCCAGCUUUUUCAGUCUCUCCUCAUAGGUACAGUCCCUCAGGGUUUCUGGCAAUUUGGUCGCUGCUCUCUGUAUUCUUUCCACUUUUCUAAUUUCUUUUUUCAAAUUUGGUGACCACACUAAAGCUGCAUAUUCCAGUCUUGGACGUAUCAUCGAUGUUAUCAACUUCUUUACCAUUUCUUCAUCUAUAUAUGUAAAUGCAAUUUUUAUAUUUCUGAUAAGAUUGUAUGUUUCCCCAGUUAUUUUAUUUAUAUGUUUCCCAAAGGAUAACUUAUCCGUUACGGUCACAGCCAGAUCUCUUUCCUCCGUUUUCUUCAUGAUUCUUUCGUCAUUCAGUGAGUAGUUUCCUGUAACUCUUCUGUUACUCUUGCCAAACUCCAGCACGCUACACUUCUUCGUAUUGAAAGCCAUUUCCCAUUUCCGCGACCAUUCACUUACUCUUUCAAGAUCCUGAUUUAUUGCUGCACAGUCUUCUUCGUUUUUCACCCUUCUUAAUAUUUUAGCAUCAUCGGCGAACAUAUUCAUAUAGCUUGUCACCCCUUCAGUCAUGUCAUUUAUAUAAAUUACAAACAUAAUUGGAGCCAGUACCGACC